AUGUUUGAGUACGAAGAGAGUCCUCCGCCACUGAAUCACUCACCUUCUCCGAGUGAUCGGUCGCAUCUCACCUCUCGAGACACAACCCCAGUCACACCCGUCGGGAGUGGGCCUUCCUCUGGAAAGAAGACAGACAGGGACUUCCUACCGUGGUUCAAGAAGCCCAUCGACGUUGGGCGCACCACCACCCGCCUGUGCCUUGACAACUCCCUCCUCAAGCCCGAUUUCGACGAUAGUACUUUCCCGACCUUUGGCGCCUCGCCACCGGUUCGGGGCAUGGCGAGCGUAGCCAAUCCUCUCGGUAUAUCCGUGAGACAGACCUCAACCUCACCUCGAGGCAACCAGCCGUCGACCCUGACUUCCGCUUUGCAACGAAGCGAUAGUGAAGAGAAACGAAAGAUGGCCACUCAGGUCCCUGAGACGGCCCUCAACCGCCCUAUCCCCCAAAUGCCUUCCAAUGCCUCCGACGAUUUCGCUAGAUUCGAACAUGGCGCACGACCGAUUACCAUGAAAGGUGUGGCAAAUGAUAAGGCCAGGCGUGAGAGCAUAGCCCAGAGCCUCGGCGCAGGCAUGAGCUGGGGAGGAAUUUCGGUCGGAAGCUGGAUCAGAGACGAUAUGAUGAUGUCCGGAACCUCACCCUUCACGUUCAACUCCCCCUCAUUCCACUCUUCGUCCUACCUGCCCAAGCUCGAAGCCAAUUUCAUGAAAGAUUUCUCAUGUUGCGGCUUAACCCUCCCAACUCUGCAUGACUUAUUGCAGCAUUACGAAGAAGCACAUGCGCAGAAAGAUCCGCUACCAGAUAACAAAACAGCCGUCCCCGACAGCCGGGCGGCAAUUGCGGCCACUACUGCAGCUCAAGUACAACACGAAGCCCAACAACGUAAUCAACAACAGCAACAGUCGCAAAAUGCUUCGGGUCGACCAUUUGGCUCCCAGCAUACCACGCCUCAGGAGAUGCAGCGUCCCUCGGGUUUCUCGAGCACGCUGCAGACCAUUCCAGAUAUGGACACUGUCGAAGAUAUGGAGAUGGAUGACAUCGAUGAGGCCGACGAAAAGACACCACCGCCCAACCUCUACACACAGAAUCAGCCCCAAACGUCACCCCAGACGUCUUUUUCCACUGCUGCACAAUCCCAAAUCCCACAACUCAAUACCACGAUGAUGCAGGGCCACCAAGCCUACCGACAGUCUACUCCAAAUACCCCGGUAGCGUCCGGCCGCCCUUCUGCGGCUUUCCAGGGUAACAAUGCCUCGUCGACACUCAUGGGAAAUCCCAUGCAACAAUUCCAAGACCUGCAGAGCGCGUACCGGGGCACACCAGAUUCGUCCGCUCCAGGCACUCCGGGGGAACUCGACGACGGGCUCAUGAGUGGCAUGGACGACAUGUCAAUGCAGAGCAAUCCUCUCUUCAAUGGCCUUCCGAAUGGUUUCGGUGGGUUCGGCUUUGGCAUGAAUAACGACAUGAUUGAUCUAUGUAUCGACGAGCCGGCCAAGCGACUGUUUUCUCCUAGCAACCAAGGGCAAGGACAACAAUCAGCGGCGCAGACCCGUUUAGGGAGUGGCCAGUACGGACCGAACAGCGAAAUUGCUCGCACCAUUCGUGAACGGCAAGCCGCGGCUGGAUUACCCGAUACCACCACCAAUAUUCUCCCGCACGAGGAGCCGAAGCCAUUCCGAUGUCCCGUGAUUGGCUGCGAGAAAGCCUACAAAAAUCAGAAUGGUCUCAAAUACCACAAGUCGCAUGGACAUAAUAAUCAACGGCUCCAAGAAAAUGGAGACGGUACCUUCUCUAUUGUAGACCCAGACACUCAAGCACCAUAUCCAGGUACGAUGGGAAUGGAAAAGGAGAAGCCAUACAAGUGCGAGGUGUGCCAGAAGCGGUACAAGAACUUGAACGGCCUCAAAUAUCACAAGACACACUCUCCUCCCUGCAAUCCCGAACUUCAGCUGAAUCCAAACCAAAGUCCGUCCCUGAGCAUACCCAAUAUGAUGGCGGCCCAAAAUGCGGGAGAUUUGGGAGCUGGUCUCUCGGGCGAUUCGAGCAUGAUGUGA